GCAACAGGAGCAUUAGAAAUCAACUACGACGACGACGCGUGUGCGUAAUUUCGCAGAUCGAUCGAAUACCAAAUGGUGCUGAAGUGAGUGACGCUGCCAGUAGCAGCAGAACGUGCGUGUGCCCGCAAAAGUAUCGAGAGAAAGAUCGGCAUCUCGUUGAAGGAGAGAGAGUCGGAGCAAAGGUAGCAGAUUAUUAUAUUAUUAUAGAGAGAAAAAGAAACAACAACGAGCCAGCAGCAGCAGCAGCUGAAACGGCAUCGCCAUGACGCGUAAACUCAGCAAAUUUCUCAUUAUCUUCGAGAACACGAAUCUGCUUUACUUUCCUGGGCAUUUUCUGUCCGGUCGCGUGCUCAUCGAGCUCGACGACGAGGCCUACGUUUCCGGCCUGCACUUCCACGUGAUCGGCGAGGGUGUCGUGCGAGUGCGCAGCCAAAGGGCCGAGCGCGUCUACGACAAGGAGAACUACAUCGACUUUCGCAUGAGAUUGCUCGGCGAGCCAGGUGACGGACCGUCGCUGCUCUCGCCGGGCAUCCACAGUUUCCCGUUCAAGCUCGGCCUGCCGCUGGGCCUGCCCUCGACCUUCCUCGGCAAGCACGGCUGGGUGCAGUACUACUGCAAGGCGGCGCUGCGCGAGCCCGGCGGCCUCGUCCACAAGAACCAGCAGGUCUUCAUAGUCAUGAACCCGAUCGAUCUGAAUCUCGAGCCGCCGAUUCUCGCGCAACCGGCGCGUCUCGAGGUCGAGCACCACGUGGGCGUGUCCUGCGUCUCGGGCGGCCCGGUCUUCUGUCGGGUCAGUCUCGACCGGGGCGGCUACGUGCCCGGCGAGAGCAUCGGCAUCUCCGCCACGGUGAGCAAUCGCAGCAAGGUCACGAUGAAGUCGACCAAGGCCAGCCUCACCGAGACCAUACAGUAUCUGUGCCGGGGCAAGGUGCUGGCCAGCGAGACCCGCGAGCUCGCCAGCGUCUCGCGAGGAAAGAUUCGACCCGGCGAGGGCGAGGAGUGGCUGAACGAGCAGCUCUACGUGCCGCCCCUGCCGCCGACAAAUCUGCGCGGCUGCCAUCUCAUCAACGUGCUCUAUCACGUUUACUUCGUCAUAACGCCGAAGAGCCUGGACAAGGAGAUAAAGCUGCAGAUUCCGAUAGUCCUGGCGACGUAUCCGUUGAGACAAGAGGGUGCACCGGCCGGCACAGCACCCUCGAAACGCGGAGCGCACUAUCCGUCGACUCUGCCGAUAUUCCGGCCUUGGCUCGACGACAAGGCUUUCAACGUUCAGGAUUGAUCGCCCACUUCAGCGAUGUUCUAUUAUUUUUUUUUUUAUUCUUACAAAUACGUAUAAUUUAAUAAUAAUUGUUUGUUAUAGUCAGUCGUGUAUGCUAAGUCUCGAAGUUCGUUUCUCUCGUAUAAUGCGUGCGAUUAUACGAGGAGGACGCGAAGAAAAAGAAAAGAAGAGAGAAUGAAGAGAGAGAAGACGUCGACUCGAGUGGGUGAGCAGUAUGUAGUGUAUCGAGUCGUUCGAGCGGAACAUAAAUCAAAAUAAUCACACGUAUAUUUUUUUAUACAAUACGCAUUAUUGGGGAGGAAAAAAGUCGAGUAAGCAAACGAGUAAUUGUAAAUUAAUGAAGAAGGAAGAAAGAAAAAAUUAUUUAGUGCGACUAGAGAAGACGCGGUCAUUAAUCACGAGUGUACAUAAAUAACUACGACGAGUCGCGUGCAAUGAUACAGUAGCGAAUACGUUUUUUUUAAUUAUUUCUAAUGGAGAAGAAAGGCAAUCAAAUUGUAAAUAAACGAAUUAACGACGAUGAAUUUUGUUACGCGGAUUAUGAUUAUAUUAUUGUGGUUUUACGAUUAAUGCAAUUGACGAUUAAUUAAAAUAUGUACAAUUUUAUUGUACGAGCAUUUUUCUGUAUAUUGUAAUUACGUAAUACGAUUAAAAAAAGAAAUCAUCUUACGACACUAAA